GUUGGAUCUGGGCAACUGCUCACUGACGUUCCUCGGUGCUGGGUUCCCGGAUGCCAGCGCUGCUGUUGUCAUUGACCUGACCGAGAACCCCCUGGAGAACAUCAGCAACACCUCCUUCCAAGGCUUCACCAUGCUGCAGAGCAUAUCCCUGCCGCGUGCCCUGGAGUGCCCUGGAGGGAGCGUGGCCUGGGACCUCACCACCACCCACGGGGACAGCCGAACCUGCGAGGGGCAGAGGAACCUCUGCAACAGCUCGGGGGAGCUCGCCUGGCUGUGCCCAGAGAACUCCCAGUGCAGCCCCGACGGCCCCGGGCUUGUCCAGUGCCUGUGCUCCGGGAGCUACCACGGCUACAAGUGUCUGCGCGAGGGCACCUUUCCCCUGCUGUCCUUCUAUGGGAUCCUGGGAGCCGUGACGACCACCCUGUCCCUGCUGGCCUGGGGCAGCCAGCGCCGGAAAGCCAAGACCUCCUGAGCCCCUCCUGCAGGACGGGGAAAGGGCGGAGACCGGGCUGGGGGGCCUGCGUGGGGGCUUCUCCCCAGCCUCUGAACUCACCGUGGUGCCGCGUGUGGGCUGCCUAGCUUCACCUUCAGCGCCUCGGGACGGUCCAGCUGCCCUCAGCGCCGGCUGCCUGCACCCCACCGUUCUCUGCCAGGGAGGGGACCAGGCACCCCGCUUAGCCCCUCCCCAGUCUCACUACCCUGCCCCCUCCUGGCGCGUCUCCGCAGCGUGCUCUGCGCAGGUCGCACCCACUUGGAGCCUGUGGCUGGGGCAGCGGCACAGAUCUUCUCUGAGCAGGACCUGGGCGCUGGCCUGCAAGGUCUCCCAUGGAGUCGAAGCUUCUGGGUCUGACACCCUUCUCCCCCCCCCCCCCCCCGGUCAAACCCCCAGGCCCUUGAACCGUCUCUGGAAGGAUCCCUGCAGUGGGCCAGACCCCCCGGGGUCUCACUCUUCCCCCAGGGUGAACCACGCGGCCUCACCACCUCCUGAGACUGGGCCCCUGGGCCUGCAGCCCCCCUGCCCUCCCCCCCGGGAGCUCCGGGCAGUGAGUCUGGGACAGACCUGGGGGAGACGUGUACAAUCUGGGGGAGCAGCGCCCCCCCGCCAGCGUCUGCGGGGACACCCAGCCAGCGCGGGCAGACAGGCGGGUGUAUCCGUGGCCCGGCACACGGCACAGGCAGCCCUCGGGGAGCCAGGGAAAUGAGGAUUAAAGGCUGACCAGCUGCAGUGACCCCCGUUUCCAG